AUGAAAGAUGAUAACUUCACGAUGUUGGCCUCAUUUCUGCUGGGCGUUCUGCAGCUGUUCACCCUAUUCGGCUUUGAUCUGAUUGCUUUUAUCGUCGAAUCGAUUGCCCAUUCAGUGCACAGUCGAUGUCCUGAUUGUUUGAUCGAAUUUGCUGGAUAUUAUGGUCAAAGUGUUCUCUAUUUUGUCUACACUUUCUCCAAUUUGAUCGCUCCUUGCAUUCUGCAUCUCUUGGGCAUCAAGAAAACAUUCGUCGCCGCAUCUGUUUGUUUCGCUAUCUACUGUGCGAGCUUUUUCCAUCUUCGAAAUUACCUUUAUUUCCCAGCGAGUGUUCUUGCUGGACUUGGAUUUGCAUUGUUUUACUGUGGCGGAGGUGCUUAUGCGGCAAAGCACUCAACAGAUCGAACUUUUUCGAGAAAUCAGUCGAUCACUUGGAUGUUGGCUAGCUCAAGCAUGGUCGUUUGCGGCAUCUUCAUGAUCUUUUCGGCUGAAACGGUGAAGGGAUUGGGUAUGGAAAUGGAAUCGCAAUCAAACAUUACAAGUAGCGCCUCUUAUCGUGAAUAUUCUGAUUUCGAGAUCAGAAUCUUGGCCAUUGGAACGUUGGCUGUCAGUGUUAUGGGAAUCAUAUUGGCUUGUUUGUUGCCAAGACGAGAAAUCAAAGGAUCUCUGUUUGAGAAAACCGAACCAGUCACAUCUUUUCGAAAGCAAUUGGGAAUGGUUGGAUGGGCUUUGAAACAAAAAAGGAAUGCUCAAAAUGUCGCCUAUAUUUGCAUGAGUUUGACGGCUGGAGAAUUGAUAAUCGGUUUUGUGAUCAGUUUCAUGAACAAGCGAAUCAAGGAUUUUGGAUUGGCGCCUUGUAUGGGAAUUGCUUGUGUCGUUUACGCAUUCACUUCUUUUCUCAUUCUUCUCUACGUGCCACCAGAGUCGAAUCUUCAUCCAACGAAAGAGAUCUCGUACAUGGAACCAAGCUUUUCAAUGGCGAUCUUCAUCGGUGUGCUUUGCGGUGUUGUUGACGGAGCAAUGCACAAUGUGAGAAUGACAGCCGCCGCAAAAGCUGUACCCACUCAACCAGCCAUCGCAUUUUGUCUCACCAAAUUUUAUCAAGCCUUAUCCUCGACUGCCUUCUACUAUUUGAGCUCGAUGCUGAACGUGUACAAAUUAGUAUCACUGAUGACGGUGAACUUGCUGAUAGGUUUACUUCUAUUUAUGUCUUUCUUAAAAGACUUGCGAAGGGUCUACACUGUGGAAUCAAUACCCGAAAAAACAAAAACACCAUGUCAACCG